AUGGUCCGUCACUCUUUUAUGUCACUGGUGCUUUUUGCCAUAGCCCUUUUCCUCCUGCAGGUUCAAUCGAGCCCCUUUGUAUUCCAGAAACGCGGCAUUUGCGCCACCGAGGAUCCAGAUGCCUCUUUCCUGAAUGCCCUCCAACAGGUCAAGGUCGAUGAGGCUCAUCCAGACCCCACAGCGUCGCAGGCCCGACAGGCCCCUAUUGAAAUUGAGACUUGGUUUCAUAUAGUCAGCAGUCAUGCCGAAGUGGACCAGGUUACGGAUUAUAUGAUUAAUUCUCAGGUCUGUCUUCAGAUGCCAAUCUCCCUUGGUUCGUCUGUUGUUAAUUAUCCCCAGCUUUCGAUUCUACAAGACGCAUAUGAGGAUGCAGCCAUACACUACCGCUUGCAGGGUGUCACACACCACGUGAAUGAUCUCUGGGCACAGGACGGAGAUGACCUGGCCAUGAAGCAAGCGCUCCGGAAAGGCAGCUAUCGAACCCUAAAUGUGUAUUUCCAAACCGACCUACAAGCGUCUCCAGGACAAGCUGGCCGAGCAGAGCACCGCGGGGCCAGUCAGUCCAAUUAUCUAGCUUCAAGUGUGCUGGGCUUUUGUACGCUGCCUGAUCCGAGUGUGAACGCCAGUAGUCCUCGACCCGACUAUGUUAAGGAUGGUUGCAACAUCCUCGCCAAGACAAUGCCUGGUGGUUCUUUGGAUCUGUAUAACCGGGGAGGGACGGCCAUUCAUGAAAUUGGACACUGGAAUGGUCUCCUCCAUACUUUUCAGGGGGAAUCAUGCUCUGCGAGCAACCCAGGCGAUUAUAUUUCUGACACCCCUCAGCAAUCCACCCCAACAGACGGAUGCCCUACACAGAAGGACUCAUGUCCUGACUCUCCAGGUUUCGAUGCUGUUCACGACUUCAUGGAUUAUUCAUCCGAUGUCUGCUAUGAGAGUUUCACUCCGGGUCAGAUGAACCGGAUGCGCAACAUGUGGGUCACUAUGCGUCAAGGCAAAUAG